AAAACCUAAUUUUUGCAGAACGUAUUUUAGAGCAUUUGUUAUGCAGAUGUUAUUCAGGAAUGCAGAUAUUCAUUUAAAUUAAUUUCUGCAACAGCACCAGGCUGCCCGGGGAUGUGCCUGACUGUAAACCAACUUAACUAAGAAGGUAAAUCGACUGGUGCCAAUAAAUAAAAAUGGUAAAUAUCAGCCUGACAUAUCGGCCGACCCCUCCUGGAGACGCGUCCCUUGUGGUCGCCCAGUGACUGGUGGAGUUUGACCUACCGAGUGUGUGUUUGUCAGGGGGCAGGUUUACUGUUAAAUCCUGAUUUCCAGGGAUCUUGUUGGGUUGUGACAGGGAAGCACGGAGAACAAAACCUAAAAUGCACACACACACACACACACACCGUUAGUGUGUGUUCAAAAAUCAGUCGAAUUUGACUAUUUCUCUGUCCUGUGUUUGUUCCUUCAUGCAGGCGUGACGGAUAUCCUCCUGCCCAAGGAGCAGCAACCUGCAGUCAUGAAAAACAGCAGGUCAGACAAGCUCAUUCUUCUAGUCGUCCUGCAGGGAGCAGCGGGGGUGUGGCUCUACAGCUGUUACCUUCAGCUCCACCCCGACAACUCGGCCACCCCUGAAAGACGAGUCCACGUGUUGCUGCUGUCGUCAUGGCGAUCAGGCUCGUCCUUCCUGGGUCAAGUCUUUGGUCAGCACCCUUCUGUUUUUUAUCUGAUGGAGCCCGGUUGGCAUGUUUGGAACAAAAUGCCAAAUUUCGAUACGCAGUUUCUGCAAAUAGCUCUGAGAGAUUUACUGCAGAAGCUCUACCGGUGCGACCUCUCAGAGAUGAGCGCUUAUCUACCAGAAAACCACCGUGUUUCAUCUUUAUUUAUGUGGACAGAAAGUCGGGCUCUUUGCUCAGCGCCAGCAUGCUCCGUCACAGCGACCAACAAAGAUCAGUGUCUGCAGCGAUGUGGUGUUCAUGGUCUGCCGAAGGUGGAGGAGGCCUGCGCCUCGUAUAGUCACGUGGUGUUAAAGGAAACACGCUUUUUUGAGCUGGAGUCUUUGUUUCCCUUGUUGCAAGACCCCAACCUGGAUCUCCGCAUUGUUCAUCUGGUCCGGGACCCACGGGCUGUGCUGCGAUCCAGAGAGGAGUCAGCCAAAUCCUUUAAAGCUGAUAACGCUGUGGUCCUGGAGCAGAGGAAGGUUCCUGCAGCUCGGGUUCAGUAUGAGGUGAUGAGGAAAGUCUGCCAGAGUCACAUUCGCAUCGGUAAGACGGCUCUCUUGAACCCUCCUCCGUUUCUAGAAGGCCGCUACAAACUGGUUCGCUAUGAAGACGUGGCGCGCAACCCACUAAAGCAGGUCGAGGAUAUUUAUGAGUUUGUCGGGCUAAAGAUGACCGGACAGAUGAGGGACUGGGUCUACAGGAAGACCCAUGGAAGGGGCAAAGGCGACAUGAAAAACGCUUUUGAAAUUACGUCCAGAAAUGCAACUCAGGUGUCCGAGGCUUGGCGCACCAUGCUGCCUCACAGCAAGGUCAGACGUGUCCAGGAAGUGUGUGAGGAGGCCAUGUCGCUGCUGGGCUACACGACAGUCAAGAGUGAAAAACAACAAAAGACACUUGACAUUGAUUUGUUGUUUCCGUCUGAACGGCAUCAGUUAUGAGCUGCAAAACGCAAAUCUACAAACUUUUAUUUCUGUCAGUCUUUAUGUUUUCAUAUCACAACACAAAAUGUGUGUUUUCUGUUUGUAUUUAUGUUUGGAAAACAGCUAAUUGUUAAAAAAAGGUUUGACCUCAUUCAAACCAAAGGUCACCGGAGUGGGAUCACAUGGAAAGUCAAUAAACACACGAAGCUGCUGUUCAUAAAUUACAUGUUGUUGUUUAAAAAUGCUGAGAAAAGCGCAGAAAUUACUUUUAGACAGUGAAGUUUUCCUGUUGAAUUAUUUUCCUGCUCCAGUACAGCCGACUGACCUGUUCAACACACAGAAUCCUGUAAAUCACCCUCUGGUUCACAGCUUUAAGCUAAAAACAUCUGAGCAGAAAGAAAAUAAAAACACAAUUACUA